AUGCAUCGUGGUUUCUUGAUUCAGGUCUUGGGGUUCAAGGACACGUAUAUCUGGUUCAAAGAUGACACCGGUGGUCAGAAGAAAAGGGGUGGAGUUUGGUUAACGAAAGCACUAAAUUCGAGCAACAAGAUUAUUUGGGCGGACCAGCAGAAGAAGAUCGAGCGACACAAACGCGGCUACUUGCCACUAUCUAGCCUCGACUCGGAGAAACCACUGAUAAGGGAAAAGAGACUGAGGAUGGAUCAGCAUUACUUGAAUAGUAUACAGGACAACGACGAAGACUGGCAGGAACUUUGGCGAGAAGAUCCUCUAGAUUCCACAUUGAUGUUCAAUGACGAACUUUGGGAUCAAGAAUGGUAUCUGCAAGACACGAGGUCGAACAAAGCACUACCCAAGCUGGAUCUGAAUGUACUACCUCUCUAUCGACUGGGGGUUACUGGUCGAGGCGUGAGAGUCGCCGUUCUGGACGAUGGGUUGGAAUAUAUCCACGAUGAUUUGCGAAAUAAUUACGAGCAAACGGCCACGGGACGAGAUGCGCGGGGGAAAUAGCAAUGGAGGCGAACAACCGGAAGUGUGGCGUGGGUAUCGCCUUCGAGGCUUCCGUCGGCGGGAUCAAGCUACUCGAUGGUUUGGUGAACGAUCGCGUCGAGGGAGAAGCUCUCGGAUACAAGCCAGAAUUGGUAGACAUUUACACGGCCUCGUGGGGCCCGGCCGACGAUGGGAAAAGUUUAGAGGCACCUGGAAGAUUGGCCACCGAGGCGCUAGAACGCAGCAUUUACGUGUGGGCUUCUGGCAAUGGAGGCUUGAAAUCGGACGACUGUGGAUGCGACGGAUACGUAGGAAGCAUUUACACGAUCGCUGUGGGCUCGGCUAGUCAAACUGGAAGAUUUCCAUGGUACGGUGAAAGCUGUCCUGCCACGUUGGCCACUACGUACAGCAGCGGUGCUUAUCACGAUCAAAUGAUAGCUACAACGGACUUAAGGAACACCUGCACCACCGGCCACACGGGCACUUCCGCGUCCGCUCCAUUAGCCGCGGGAAUCCUGGCCUUAGCUCUGCAAGUGAAGGAGAAUCCAGGAUGGUUCAGAAAUUCCGCUGGAUUCUGGUUCAACUCACGUUUCGGCUACGGACUUAUGAACGCGUACGCUCUAGUCUCGGCCAGUUACAAUUGGACCACUGUGCCGGACAAGGCCAUCUGUAAAGCAGGCGUGGCCAAAGUAAUCGACAAGAAGCUGGCUUAUGGAAACACCAGGCGGCUGCGAUUCGAGACGGAGGACGAGUGUCGAUCAGCGGGCAACGAGAUUACGUUUUUGGAACACGUGGAGAUCGAGGUCACCCUCGAGUACAGCCUUCGCGGCGCACUUCAAAUGCAUCUGACUGCACCCUCAGGGACAAAGGUACAGGUACUAAAGCCAAGGAAGUUGGACGAUUCAGCUGCCGGAUUCGUGAAGUGGAAAUUUAUGUCCGUGGCAUCAUGGGGCGAGGAUCCACGUGGCAGCUGGUUCCUAGACAUCCUCGACGAGGUUGGACCGGAAGAGAAUAACGGAACGAUAAAGACGUUCACGUUGAUCUUACACGGAACCAGGAGAAUGCCAAGGUAUCGAAAGAACGGGCCACGAAUUUACAACCAGGACUACAAUCGAAUUCGAAACAUCGACGAGGAUCAAUCAUCUACGUCGUUCAAGAAGAAGCUAGGCUUUGGACAAGCCCAGGAGACAAACGACAUCUAUGAAAAAGAUUGGCUCAAGUUUUUAGGAAUAUAAAUUCUCGAAGGAGAAUUAUCUUGCAAAGGAAAGUACGAACGAUUGAUUUGUACGAAAACGAUCAAACUCGGACGUUGAAACGUAUUUCCAUGUAUAUCCAUGUCUAUUUUUCUGUGUUGUCGUUCGUAUUAAAAAUGAACUCUGAUGCAGCGGACGAAUAUAACUGAUGACGCAGAGACCAUUACGGUUACGGUGCAAAGAGA